AUGCGUCCCGCCCCUCUUUUCCCGCGCGGUCAAGCGCUGGCGGCGAGCCUGCACCGCGCGGUGUCUACCGCGGCUUCCGCGUCUCCGUCGACGCGCGCGUCGCCGCCCAGACCGCUCUCGGUGUUUUUCGCGGACUGGGCGCGGGUGGACCUCCCAGACGGACAUCGCUUUCCGAUGGACAAGUACGCGCGCACGCGCGAAGCUCUGCGCCGCGACGCGGCGUUGGUGAACAAGAUCACACUUCUGGAGUCUCCGAAAGUGGACAUCGAGAGCGAGCUGCUGUUGACGCACUGCCCGGAGUACGUGCAGCGGGUGCUGACGCUCACGCUGCGAGAGGACGAGGUGCGAAAGAUUGGCUUCCCCAUGGCUCAGCAGAACGUCGAACGCUCGUUGGCGAGCACCGGAGGAACGGUGGCGUGCAUGCGAGAGGUGAUGAGCGGUGCGCGAGCGAGCGCGCAGAUCGCGGGGGGGACGCACCACGCGUACAGGGACAGAGGCGAAGGCUUUUGCGUGUUCAACGACGUCGCGGUCGCCAUCAACGUCGCCAGACGCGAGUUCGCGGACUCGCUGCGAGAUCGUAAAAUAUUAGUCAUCGAUCUUGACGUGCAUCAAGGGAACGGCACGGCAAAAAUUUUCGAGGGCGACGCGCAGGUGGUGACGUUUUCCAUGCACGGCGAAAAGAACUACCCCAUCAAGACGCGGGAGAAAUCGACGCACGACGUCGAAUUGCCGGACGAUUGCGAGGAUGAGGAAUAUUUAAGCCUUCUCGAGCAGUGGCUGCCGAAGUUAUUCGAUGAUUACGACCCAGCGAUCGUGUUUUUCCAAGCUGGUAUCGACGCUUUGAAGGAGGAUUCGUUCGGGCGACUCGCGAUGAGCCGCGAAGGGUUACUACGACGAAACAACGCCGUGUAUUCGAUGUGCAUCGCCCGUGAGGUCCCUCUCGUGAUCACCAUGGGAGGUGGGUACUCUAAGCCCAUCGAGCCGAGUCUAGACGCGCACGUCGACGUGUUUCGAAGCGCCGCGUUGCGAUUCACGGCGCCGCAAUUCUUCUGA